GAGCCUAUCAGGACCAUUUCGUUGCAGUCGGUCGGUCUCGAUCACGGGUUUUCGCGGUUCGUCGGUUAGUCGGAUUAGCUAGUCUCGGAUACUUAGAUAUCCAAAUCGGUUUGGCUGGUGGUUCGUUGCUGCAUUUGUGCGUAAUAAAUUAUCCGGAUCAACGGUGUGUACUGAGCCCGAAUCUCAAAUAUGAGCUUAAUUGAUUGCGACAGGACUCGUAAAAUCGGACCCGUUUUGUUACAUCAAUUAAACCAACUACACCUUUUCCAUUAGGCCAGCAAAAAUGAGCAUCACCGACCGAAUGAAGCGAUGGGAAGGCAAGGUGGCCGUCGUGACCGGAGCCAGUGGGGCCAUCGGUGGAGCCAUCGCAAGGGAACUGGUUAAAGCCGGGAUGAUAGUUUGCGCACUGGCCAGGAGACGCGAUAAGGUGGAGAAGCUGCGUGCCAGUUUGUUUGACGUGGCUGGAAAUUUGAAUUGCGUCGAGUGUGAUAUAACUCAGGAAGAGGAUGUUAAGCAUGCUUUUGGAUGGAUUGAAGGGGCUUACGGUGGGGUUGAUUUGCUGGUCAAUAAUGCUGGCGUGAUCACAAAGUGCCUGCUGACGGAGAAGAACAACACUAAAGAUCUGUACACGACAAUGGAGACCAACAUCAUUGGACUUUGUUUGUGCACUCGGGAAGCGGUGAAAUCGAUGAAGGCUCGAGACGUCCACGGUCACAUCAUCAAUGUCAACAGCAUAUUCGGCCACAAGGUUCAUCAAGCCGUACCGGGAACGAGGCCACUCAACGGAAUGUACCCGGCGUCCAAGUACGCUGUCACUGCAAUUACCGAAUGCAUUCGACAGGAGCUGGUAUAUCUGGAUAGUCAAGUUAAAGUAUCGAGCAUCAGCCCAGGACUGGUGGAGGGUGACAUCGUCGCUAAUCACACCGUCAACGAGAACGACCUCGUUAAGUACAUGCCAAAAUUGAAACCCGAGGAUGUCGCCGAAGCGGUUCUUUACGCCAUCACCACGCCGGAUCACGUUCAAGUCCACGAACUUGUCAUCAAACCCAUGGGAGAGUUUUUAUAAUCAAUGGUGUGAAACGAAACCGCAUUCAUUACGCUAUAACAAAUCCAUUUAGAACAAGAUUUAAACAUUCAAAUUUUAAGCAUCAGCAUCAGCCAAAGAAAAAGAACAAAAUACAAAAGUAUGCUUUCUAGCGCCAUUUUAUUUACUUUAUAAUUUAUUUUUAUACAGCAAUAAAAACGAAGGAAUCUCACCACUCUA